AUGAUUCUCAGUCAAACGGGAUCAGGCAGCAUAUCAGGGGCAUAUGUGCUCGCAUCGCGAGUGAAAUCGAGACUUACGAGGGAGGCGGUGCAGAACGAUGUGAAUUUACACCGGUUGGUGUGCCAGGCGAACAUGUUGGAUAGCCUAAUUGAAGAAAUAAAUACCAAGAACAAAUUGGCCGGCAGACUUGGCCGUACAGUUUCGUUUGAAUCGAUCGCUGUGAUGCCCGAGAAGCCCGAUAAAGCCAGGGCACGUGAUGAGGAGUGCUAUGAGGACGAUUACGACGAUUACUGCGACGCUUUCAGCGAUGAUGACAGCGAUGAUGACAGUGAAAGCGACAGCGAUGAAAUUAGCCACAAAAACGAACAUGGGGCCCGGGAAAAGGCCCAAAGCGCACGGUUCUACGCCGGAAGGCAGGGCAAAAGCCAGCUGCAUCGGUACAGGACGGACAGGCGGGUCACACGGCGGCCGGAAGUGGGUGCGAAGUCACGUGCCGGCCGGUUUGAGAGGCAGCAUAACAUGAAUAGCUCUGAUGGGGAUCGGAGGAGCUAUGGGCGCGUUUCAUACACACCGCACAGGAUUUCUGGCGGUGAGGCUGAUGGCAAAGUGUCGGCAGUGGACCGGGAAGGCCGCUGGAGUGGUCCGGGUGGAAAUAAAUCGCGUGAUGGAUGCAAAAAUGAGCAAGAAGAGCUCAAUGAGGCAGACAGCCCUUUGCACGGCUCUGCAACGCAUCAGGACACCAACCGCGAGAGUUACACAUACUACAGUGACUCAGACGGCGACAGCGAGUCGUCCGACGCGUCGGAUUCCGACUGCGACGAGGAUGAGGAGUUGGAAAACUACAGUGAUGGUGAUUAUGACUUGGAAUACGACGAUGGCUCAGGAACAGAUGAUUCUGACAGCACAACCGAGCUUGUGCGUGUCGAAUCGCACUCUGAGGCAUCGUUCUCGGACUCUAGCGUGGGCUAUGAGGUCCACAGCAAGGAAGUCGACUCGAGCGACGAAGAAGACGACGCAAUUUCGAUAGUUUCGUCUUCUGCGACUCUGACCAACAUGAAAAUUCCUGUUUUACCCGCCGGAGACCGUUGCAUGGGUCUCUCAUACAGGGGAAACAACCUUAUUGGUCAAGCUGCAACGCAAAGAUUGGCAUCCGCAGCUUGCUAG